CGAAGUCAUAGCUGGUUUUCGAUUUUGUAUCGGUCUUGAAACAGAAGUGGAAGUUACAGUGGUUACAGUGGGCGUACGAUGAAGGGAUCCCCAAGCAAGUCUGAAGAGCUCAAAGAGAAAGGCAACCAGUGCCUUAAGGAAGAGAAGUAUGCGGAGGCCAUCUUGCACUACACACACGCCAUCUCAAACGAUCGUGAAAACAGCAUCCUCUACAGCAAUCGCUCAAUGGCCUUUCUGAAAAUGGACCAGUUUUACUUGGCUUAUGAAGAUGCCAAAGAAACCAUCCGACUCAGCCCAGAAUGGGCCAAGGGUUAUUACCGCAAGGCAGAAGUGGAGUUCAAGGCAGAGCACUACAGAGAAGCAAUGGAGUCUUUUCGCAAAUCAUUGCAGUUCGGAGCCGACGAACCCAAGGUGUUGGACCAGCUGAGGAAGGCAAAGCGGGAGUUGGAAAGGCAGAUCAGAGUGGACAAUCAAAUUCCCUGGGUUGGAGCUGCAACAGGCUUUGUUAUAGGUGUGCUUCUUGUUGUCUUUGAUGUCGGCAUCAGAGAACAACCCUUUCUUGUGAAUCCCCUUUGGAUGACACUUGUCGUAAUGGCGGCAUCAAUGGUCUGCUAUUCUCUUGCCCGCUUCCACAAACACACACUGCAGAGUCAACGAAAAAGCCUGUUGGAACCACCACUGGACAUCUUUGGAAUGACCUCUGAGAAGGAGGAGAAGAAGGCACCAAGUGGCUCUGGUGAUGCUCCACAAGAAGAGGCCAAGUCAAAAACAAGCUGAGCAUUUGUACAAGUGACGAUCGGGGUGCCACGGGUGACAUGUAAACUUGUAUCCUGCCAUUUCUUCGCUCUGAAAAUUCCAAGAGUGUGUCUUCUGGGCACAUCGAAAACAUUCCUAGUCACUUUAAAGUCCUCAGACAGGAACAUGUAACAAAGGUGUUGGGAGUGGUGUGUUUGUGGUAUCAAUGUUAGUGACCAAUUGUCGCCCUUCAGCGUGUCCUGCUGUGUGCAAUUGCAGUGUUCACUUUCUUCUUCCUCUUCCUCCUGUUCUCCCUUAACCCUUCUGUGUAAGUUUGUGAGCUGGGUGCACAUCUGGCACUUCCCAACCUUUCCACUACCCUCUUGCUCUCUCUUUCUUUUACAGUAUACUGUGUUUUGUAAGGUUUUUUUAUAUGGUUGAAUGAUAUUGAAAGUAAGUUCUUGUUGCUGCUGUGUUAUAUAAAGUGAAGUUAUUUUGUUAUACUGC